AGCCGCUCCCGGGCCCGCCCCGGAAGGCGGGCGGCGAUGGCGGCGCUGGGCGGGCGGGCCGCGGCCGCGCUGCUGAGGCGGGGGCCGGGGACGGCACCGGGAGCGAUCCUGGGAGCGGGGCCCCGCCGGCACCGGCACAAGGAGAAGUGGGCUGCCACGGCCCCGCGCAUCCCGUCCACGCGGCUGGCGCUGCACCACUUCGACACGAGCUACAGCCUUCACCUGGGCGCCCUGUGGCCCUCGGUCCGUGCUGGCCUCCUCUGCGAGCAGAAAUACGGGGCCCUCCUCAACAACUUCGCUGCUGCUGACCAUGUUCCCCAAGAGCUGGAGCUGCUCAAUGCCACCGAUUUUGUUUCUGAGGCCCUCCAAAAGGCGCAGCAAUGGCAACAGGGUGCAGCUGUGGGGGAAGCGGCCAGAGGGUGCCAGGAGGGCUCUGGUGAGGGCAGGACUGGGAUGCAGGCAGAAAUGAUGACACAAGCUGAGAUGUCCCCGCCACUUUGCGCCUCCAUCAGCUCCAAAAUCAAGUGUUACACCUUCCCCAGCGGUGACAUCACACGCUUUCGCCCUGCACGGCUGGAUUCUCUGGGGCUCCUCGACUAUUACCUCAUGGAUGCAGCAUCUCUCCUGCCUGUCCUGGCGCUCAACGUGCAGCCGGAUGACUUUGUCCUUGACCUCUGUGCGGCUCCGGGUGGGAAGACUCUGGCUCUGCUGCAGACUGGGUUUUGUGGGCAUCUGGCAGCCAACGAUGUCUCUGUUUCCCGGACAAAGAGGCUGCACCAGAUUCUCCACAGCUAUGUCCCCAGAGAAGUCAGGGAUACUGUGAGUGUCACAUCCUACGAUGGAAGGGACUGGGACCAGGUGAAAGGUGGCACUUUCCAUAAGGUGCUGGUGGAUGUGCCCUGCACGACAGACAGACACUCUGCCAUGGAGGAGGACAACAACAUCUUCCACAAGAGGCGAACCAAAGAGCGUCAGAUGCUGCCCAUGCUGCAGCUGCAGCUGCUGAUGGCUGGGAUCCUGGCGGCGAAGCCGGGAGGAGAGGUGGUGUAUUCCACGUGCUCCCUGUCCCCGCUGCAGAACGAGUGUGUGGUUGAGAGGGCGCUGGACAUUGCAGAAGCCCAGUUCAACAUCAGUGUCCACGUUGAGGACCUGAGCCACUUCCAGACGCUCUUCCAGGACACGUUUUCCUUCUUCUCGGACUGCCGGCUCGGGGAGCUUGUCCUGCCUCACCUCACAGCCAACUUUGGGCCGAUGUAUUUCUGCAAAUUACGUCGGAUGUAGAAGGGGCAGCAGACUCUGUCUGCUGUCAGGAAGUAGCCCAAUAUUUAAGGGAAAGCAGAACUGCUUUGUAUUUAUUUUUCUUUCUGAAAUGUCCCAAAGGAAGCCUGCUUUUUUACUGCAGACAUAGGGAAUAAAUGAGAAAGACCUGC